GUUGACAACAGCGAGUAUCUUGAUAGCAAGUUAGUAUGACUAUACAAUAGAGCUGAUCACUGUCACUCCAUCAAGGGCAGCGAUAUAGAGUUGUGCGCAAAAACGUUCCGGGUUGACAACGAGGGAUGAUAUGUACUUGAGGCUGGAGACCUACAACCGUCAGACUGUGCGACUUUCGCUGGAAACAGGCUCGCUUGGACACUUCAUCCCUUGUCAGAUAUUGGGCAUUUCCUAAGACGUUCUCUACACCGUUCGCUUGCCAUGCAUUUUAUCUCAGACCGCUACAAUGCUUACCUCAGAUGCCGAGUCGAGGAUCGGAUGGAUGAUAACUGAGCUUUUGAAGAACCUGAUCGUCGCCAUUACAGGUCACUCUCAACUUGAAAGUGAAGUCAACGCAAACUAGAAUAACACAGUCACCAACUCGAUGUCUAUCCCGGCCCAACAGAGCGAAGCCCGAGCCUUGCUCGAACAAUUGCAGAAUGACCUACGACACCGGAGCCUUUCAGAAGAACAACUCGAAGAUGCACUCGCCAAACUUAAGGUUCUCGGACGAGAUGUAGGCAACGUCACCGCAAUCUACGAUGAAGCUGGAGUCGGGGUCUUAUGCGCCUACGCCUUCGGACAGUACUCCUCGAACAUUCGCCUGGAAACCCUCAGAUGUCUAGCGAAUGCUCUCCUUCUUCUGCCACAGACCAGAAGAUCCUCCAUCAACCUGGGGCUCGACAAGACGGCAACGGACACCCUCCAACAUGCAAGCACAGAUGAAGAAUUCCUCCUAUCCCGGAUCCUAUUCCUGUUGACAUAUGAUCCUCAAAUCGACUUGUCCGCCCUUAUCGACGAGCACAGCCUAGCGGAUAGCAUUGUUAAGCUGCUUCAGAGACAUGCGGAAGCGCUCUCGGAGUCCUGUGGUCAUACCAGCAAUCCGGCCUUCCCAGAGACCCUAAAGCUACUAUUCAACGUGACCAAUGCGAAAGUAGAACACAUCAGCAAAUUCGCCCCAGCAACGGCUCAACUCUCUCGUAUCCUCAAGUAUACCACAAUACCAUCACCACCAUUACAGCCUCCUCUCAGCCUGAUCAUCAACGCACUCGCCAACCUCGACUUCGACUCGCAGAGUCUCGAAACCAACCCAAAAGCACCAGCUGCACUCACGAAACUAAUGACCAUCCUCGAACAAGCAAUCCAGAGAUAUCCCACCACCGAAUUGGAUACAAUCGCAAUCCCCUUACUGACAGUACUGAGAAACAUCAAUAACAAAGCAAGCCCCGAACUGCGGGACCAAAUGAAAGCACGCCUGCUUCCAAACGACGAAGAGCGAGACCAACCCCUUGGUAAAUCCUCUUCUCUAGCAUCGCAGCUAUUGCGCUUGACGACUUCAGCGGGCCUGUUGAACCUCUCAGAGGCAAUCUCAGGGUUGAUGUUUGAACUCUCGGAUAAGGAUGCGAGUCAAUAUGUCCACAAUGUCGGAUAUGGGUAUGCUGCCGGAUACCUCAUGACACACAAAAUACCUAUUCCUGAGAGUGCAAGGAACGGCCAGUAUACCGGCGCAUCUUCGCGGCAGGUCCCAGUCAAUCCCGUCACGGGCCAGAGACUUGACGCAGAGCCCGUGCCCGACCUCCCUCAGAUGACAGACGAGGAAAAGGAACGAGAGGCCGAGCGGCUCUUUGUAUUGUUUGAGAGGUUAAAAGCUACGGGGGUUGUCGAUGUCAAGAAUCCGGUGGAACAGGCCCGGGACGAAGGGAGAUUUGAAGAGUUGAGCGAUUCAGACUCGGAUUGAGCGUUCAGAUGCAAGCGUACAUACUAACUAGUCUGGCUAUUAAUGAUGAUGAACAAUGAACACCACAAAGUCAAUAUGGCGAAAGCUUCUCGGUUUACCAUCAUUUGUGCUUUUCUCUUACAUCACAUCUCUCGACAACGGGGACCGUUGGC